AAAAAACUUCCUUCUCUCUUCUUUUGGGGGGGAACAGUCGAUUGAUUUCGUCAAAGGAUUCGUCGCUGUCUCCCCUCGCCAACAUCAUUCUUUUUCAGAUCAGUUCAUUAAUAGGCCAAGUUGCCAUCGUUCUUCUGUUGUCUGCGCAGAAAUGCCGGCGACAAACGGUCCCAACGCCAGCGAGGGCGUCCUCGACUACCGAAAGGCUGUCGAGGUGCUCAACGAGUACGACAGCCGAGAUGGCCUGAGUAUCAGCGAGCUCAUGGACACCAAGAUCCGUGGUGGCCUGACAUACAAUGACUUCCUGUUGCUCCCAGGCUACAUUGGCUUCCCCGCCUCUGCGGUCACACUCGACUCACCCAUUACCAAGAAGAUAUCGCUCAAGACGCCCUUUGUCUCCUCGCCUAUGGACACCGUCACCGAGCAUGAAAUGGCGAUCCACAUGGCGCUCCAGGGUGGUCUUGGCGUGAUUCACCACAACUGUACCCCUGACGCGCAAGCCGACAUGGUGCGGAAAGUGAAGCGGUAUGAGAACGGCUUCAUCCUCGAUCCUGUUGUGAUCACACGGGAGACGACUGUUGGCGAGGCCAAGGCGUUGAAGGAGAAGUGGGGCUUUGGUGGUUUCCCGGUCACAGAAACCGGCAAGCUUGGUUCCAAGCUCCUUGGUAUCGUCACGAACCGUGACAUCCAGUUCGAGGAAGACCUUGAUCAGCCCGUGUCCAAUGUCAUGGUCACCGACCUCAUCACCGCCCCAGCCGGUGUCAACCUGAUCGAGGCCAACAAGAUCCUCGCCAAGUCUAAGAAGGGCAAGCUCCCGAUUGUUGAUCAAGAGGGAAACCUCGUUUCAAUGAUCUCGCGCUCCGACUUGACCAAAAACCUCCAUUUCCCCUUGGCCUCCAAGGGUGCAGAUUCCAAGCAGCUCAUCUGCGCUGCGGCUAUCGGCACUCGGCCCGAGGACAAGAUCCGUCUUGCGAAGCUGGUAGAAGCUGGCCUGGACAUUGUUAUCCUUGAUAGCAGCCAAGGUAAUAGCAUGUACCAAAUCGAGAUGGUCAAGUGGAUCAAGCAGGAGUUCCCUGACCUCGAGGUCAUCGGCGGUAAUGUGGUGACCAGGGAGCAGGCUGCGAACCUGAUUGCCGCUGGUGUGGACGGUCUGCGGAUUGGCAUGGGUAGCGGUAGUGCCUGCAUCACCCAAGAGGUUAUGGCCGUUGGUCGUCCUCAAGCCACCGCGGUAUACAACGUCAGCCAAUUUGCCGCCAAAUUCGGUGUUCCCUGCAUCGCCGAUGGCGGCAUUCAAAACGUUGGCCACAUUGUCAAGGGCCUUGCCCUUGGUGCAUCGACAGUCAUGAUGGGCGGUCUCCUGGCUGGUACCACUGAGUCUCCCGGCACGUCGUUCGUGUCUAGGGAGGGCAAGCUCGUCAAGGCCUACCGUGGCAUGGGUAGCAUCGACGCCAUGCAAGACAAGAAGGCUGGUGGUGGCAGCAAGGACAGCCAGAAGAGCAAUGCCGGCACGGCUCGUUACUUCUCGGAAGGCGACAGCGUCCUGGUUGCCCAGGGUGUCUCGGGGGCUGUGGCACACAGAGGUUCUAUCUCCAAGUUCAUCCCCUAUCUUGCUGCUGGUCUCAAGCACUCGAUGCAGGACUGCGGUAUGACUAGCCUCAAAGAGCUCCACGAGUGUGUGGCCAAUGGCACAGUGAGGUUUGAGAUUCGCACUGCCAGCGCUCAGCUGGAGGGUAACGUGAACAUGGAGUCGUACGAGAAGAAGCUGUAUGCUUAAUGAACAAGUAAAAGGAAGGCAAAGAUGGGAUGUGAAAAGGAGAAGAAAUUCGAUGACAUUCUUUGGGGCGAUUGGAUGGUGGCUAUGAUCUUUACGUUGGCGUCAAACAGGACAGGGUGGUUGGACUGCGAUCUCACGGACUGCGAUCUCACGAACGAUUCAGUUCGCUCUUUGAUAUUGAAUUUCCUGGCACAUAUAGUGAAAACAGGUGUAUAUGAAUGCGACUCCUUCGACCAAGAAGCAUUAG